GCCGUGACGAUAGCGUGCUGUAUUUUGGUGGGCUCGUAAGGACAUCACCAAAUACGGGCUCUACACUACGGCCUCAGGGUACCGCGUGGGUCGAGACUGUGGGUUGCUAUGGGGUCACGGUUCGGAAUUACCUGUAUCCGGAUGGCUGCCUAAGGAAAAGCAACGGGUUUAUCGGGGAGCUAGCUAACUCCCGCCUUAAUUCACGGUUCCUACAACCAACGUUAGCAUGGAGGACCUCGAACGUCAGAUCAAGGCGCUUCAAGAGCGUGAGAAGCAAUUCCAAGAACGAGAGAAGCAGCUGAUACGUGACAAAGAGGCAGCAGAAGCGCGAGAAGAGCAGGAGAGACGCGAAAAGGAGCAGGAGAGACGCGCAAAGGAACACUUGCAGCAGCGUGAAGCGUCGACUCAAUUGUCUGACUACAUCCUCAAUGUCGAGCGGCACGUAUUCGCCAGGUUCUCUAUUGAGCCCAACCCGGUCAAGACAUCCAAACCCUCGGCAACGAAAGUCGAGGGCAAGUUCUAUCCACAGCACUUCCAGCCGUGGACGGACUUUGCGGCUAUCCACAACGCCACGUUCGACGCAUUUUCUGCAGUGCUUGCCGGCCGUGCGUGCUUCCCGUCGUUGAUAUCUGUCGAGUUUCUGGGCAACGACCUUAGCCCCAAGGUCUCGAGCGAGCUGGCGCUGCGGCCCUUUGUCCGCGCGGCCAUCGAGAAGCCGGCGGCGACGGUGGUGUCGGAGUACCUCGGCGUGGCAGACCACAGCAAGUUCAGGGCGGUUAAGUUCCACGGCAACGUGUACGGCAUAGCACUCGAGGGCAAAAAUGACCCAUCGCUCGAGCAGUCCACAGGAGAAAGGGCGUCGUCGUCGACAGAGCCGCCUCGGAAGAAACGGUCGCCCGUUAAGGACAUGGGCGUUCCGGACCGAUGGCUGAUCGCCUAUCCUUGCGCCGACAGGCCGGGACCCAAGGAGGAGCCUGUUCUAGUGGCCGAGAUCAAGCCGGCUCACGCCCUUAACGGGGGGAAGCUAAACCGAGUCUUGUCUGCGCCCGGCGAUGACUUUUUUCUGCGGACGGCUCGCCAAGACAUCGCCGUAUCUGACUCGACUGGACUGCCGGGUGAGGUACAUGUGGCCAAGGCGCUCUGCCAGGCCUUCCACUAUAUGAUUUCCUCUGGCCUCGAGUUUGGGUAUGUGGCUUCCGGGGAAGGCCUGGUGUUCCUCCGUGUGAUGGAGGACGACCCGAACACGCUCUACUAUUUCAUGUCUGUCUUCCCCGCGAACCGGGGUCCUGGAGGAGUGGUUGCCUCACGGGCGCCCCGCGAGACGGCCGCCGCCCAUCUAGCCACGUUGUCCAUGCUGUCUAUCGAUUCUACUCGCCGCUCGGCAAGUUGGAUUGGCGCCAGGGAUGGCGAUCUGAGACGGUGGCCCAAGUCCAAGGCCACUGUGCCUGCUCUGGCGGACAUACCGCUCCCGCUGCUGCCACAUGACAGAGGCAACGACGGAAGCAAUGCCGGAGGAAACGCUGGAGGUAAUGCCGACGGAAGCAGCAGCGCCACUGGUGGCGGUGCUGCUGGCGCCCAAAGCCCCCGGAAACGCCCACACGCGGAUGGAUCGUCAUCGACGGGAACGGGCGGCGAAGUGACAGGACCUAGCGGAGCCCAACAGGCGCGUCUCACGGGGCCUUUUAUAGUAGCGCCUCCGACGCUGCCGUACUGCACGCAGGGGUGUCUCCGUGGUCUCUGCCGUGGCCAGAGGCUGGAUCCCAAGUGUCCCAACGUAGAGCUCCAUCGAACAGGCGGCAAGGACGUGCAUCCAGUCACAGUGGCCCAGUUCCAGGCGCGCCUUGUGGCCCAACUAGCUGACCACAUAGAGAGAGACUGCCAGAGCCUCCUGUUUGACGGGUACUUCGGCCGCUAUGGCGCUCUCUUCAAAAUCACCCUCACGGUGCUAGGUUACACGUUCGUGGCCAAGGCCGUCCAGGCCAUGCAUCACCGCGUGCUGCAGCACGAGGCUGCCAUCUACAAGGCCCUGGAUGCCUUCCAGGGCCGCAUCAUCCCCGUCUGCCUAGGCACCGUCGACCUGGCGCGGUCGAUCCCGCUGCGCAACUGCCAGUGGGUGUCGCACAUGCUGCUCAUGUCGUACGCGGGACCCGAUUUGAGCUCGCGAGACCUACGUCCCGCGGGCGUGGAUCUGGACGCGGAGGCCAAGAGGACGUGGACGGAGCUGUGGGAGGCCGGGCUGGAGAAUGAUGACAUCCACGACGCCAAUCUGGCGUGGAACGAGGAGGUGAGUCGGGUAAUGCAGUUUGAUUUUGACGAUGCCGGUUUGCGAAUUGUGCCGAUGGCAGCGGCAGCAGCAGCGUCGUCGCCCUCGUCGCCGCAACGUUCGCCGCUGCAGGUAAAGAGAGGCCUGAACGCGCUCCACCACGGCAGUAGAGGAGGGGUUGGUGAAGAUAAUCGUGUAGACAAGCGGGCGCGGACGGCGGCAUGACGACUCUGGCUUCACGAGGUAUACUAUAAUAUAGAGCGUUUUACUAUAGCUAAAGCAAUACAGCGCAUCAAUUUACAUACCAUAGAUAGGGCAGUAAUAGAAUUGAGGGA